GAGGCAAGUCCUCCGCUCAUCGCUCGACUGCUGCUUUAUUUUCUUUUGGCAGUAAAAUAAGAAAAAUUGCCUAUUUUGCGUGUGUUUUUUCAUGCUACAAACUCAGUUUCAUUCUAAUUCUACUCAGUAACACAACUAUGAGUGUUCAGUUGAGAAUAUCAGAUUUUUCGUUUCACAACCCGGUUUUGUCAAUCUACGUUGUUUUAAGACUUUAUCUUGCACACCAAGUGUUUGUAGGAAAGUUCCAAUGAAACUUUAAGAGAAAGCUUUUUAUCUCAUGCUAUGCCAACUCGACGUGCGUUAAAUCAUCUCUUUGGUGUAAAUUAUCUCAAAAUUAGGAGAUUGGAUAUUAUCAAGUACUAUCAUGUAGAAGGACCAAAUGAAGAGGAGUGUCUCACACCUGAAUUUGCUUUUCAGAAGUUGAACAAGAUGGCUCAGGGGUUAGGAAAUGUGGAUUUGGUUGAUGGAAAAUUAGUCAGUAUUGGAGAAGAUUCAGUUGUGAAGGAUGAAGGUAUCGAGCAGCGGAUAAAAACCUUCAAGUCCUUUGGUAGGUUGUACCUUGGGACUCCCUCGGUUCAACAAUCGCUGAAGAAGAGAGCUACGACAAGCUCACUGGAUGCUACGGAGUCCAUUCCAGAAUUGUGCUUUGGUCGAUCAGAUGAAAGGGAACCCUUAACGUUGAAGACACUUACCAGCGUGUGCAGCUACCUGAAUGUCUCUGGCCAACAGAGGAAGUCAGUGCGGCUAGCUAUUUGCUCACAAGUCAAUCAGCAUAGAAUAUGGACGGGUGCUCUUAAAAAGAUAUUUUCAGGCUUAAAAGCUGAGAUUGAGUCCAUGAAUUAUCAACAGCGUCAAUCCUUGUCCGUGAAAGAAAUUACGGUGAGUGAACAGAUCAUUUCUAGAUGCUUCCGGUUUUUAUCUGAAACGUGCACUACUUUUAACCCUGACUCCACCUCAUGGAUGCGAGUGGCGCCUACACCAAAAUACUACCAUUGGCCUUCUCACCGAUGGGAAGAUUUACUUGACAUGUUCAAUGAUCUCAUCAAGUGUUCAAAAAAUGAGAUGGGUGUAUUCCCUCAUAUGGUGAAGCUGGAAAUAAUGAAAGAAGGGUUGUAUCAGAUCAAGGAUGUGUUGGUGGAUAGAGAUAUUGGAUACAGAGAAGCUCGGCAGCAGGAAAGCUUAAUGCAGAAAAAGCUGUCAAAGACUUUAGGCCACUCAUCGCAAUGCUUGUUCACACUUUUGCAGUACUAUCUCUACGGGAGUGUUAGAGACCUUGAAAUAGAAGUCCGCGGAGGUGUUUAUGAGAGGGAAGAUAAGAAGAAUGGGGUCUGUUUGUGUAUUGGGAAGAUUUUGACAUCUGAUAACGAGAAGAUGAUAGGAAUUGGGGUGAAGCAAUUGGACAAGGCUCUUGGGUUAUUCAAAUUUGUUUGGGAAACUGCUGAAAUGAAAGGGGUUUUGGAGUUGCAAGGGCAUUUGUGGUGUCUAGGUGCCGAAGACAGAAUCCUUACUUAUAGAGGUAAUACAUUCUUUCUACAUGGAAUUAAGCAUUAAACAAGAAAUCGAAUGUUAGUAAAAGUGUAAGGUAACAACCACGUCGAACAAAAUUUGUACGGUAACCAGACUAGCUAAGCUCUUGUCAUUAAUAUCCUCCUCAUGUUUAAGCUAAAAUGCAUUUUCGUGUUCUUGAGGCAUCGUCCGGGCCAUCUGGUCCCUUUUGGUUUCUUUUUCCCACCUUGUUCUCUAUAGAAUGUGAAAUAAUA